CUAACAAACAUUUUUUCGAGCAUAUAAUAACCUUUCUCUCGUAUGGGUUGAAUGGAACAUAUAGCCGACCUUUUCAGAUUCUAAGUUUCUGUCAAUGGCAAAAGUUCACCCCCAGGCACUACUUUCUUCCACUUGUCAAUUCUCUUCCAAACAAGAAACUUUCACCAUUUGGAUGAAAUCUCUUGUGCUGAAUGGGAACGGUUGCACUGUCUUUGAUUCCAAGGGUCAAAUCGUGUACCGGGUCGAUAACUACAACUCCAAAUGCAGAGAUGAAGUCUAUCUAAUGGAUUCCAAAGGCAAAGUCCUCUAUACCAUUCUAAGAAAGAAAAAGUUCAAACUGUUCACUUUUUGGGAGGGGUAUAGAUCCAGUGCAGGCACAGCGACAAGCCAAGAAAAGCCUGGUUUUCAAGUUAAGAAGACGCUUAAGAUAUCAAGAAGUGGUUCACCAUGUGAGUUUAUUGCAGGGUUAGAUAAGAAUCAGCCGCCUGAUCAUUAUCACAUACAAAGAUGGACUAGAAAACCAGUAUGCAAUAUAGUAGACAAUUUGGGAAGGUCCGUGGCAGAGGUGAAGAAAAAGCAAUCAGCAAGUGGAGAAGUUUUAGGUGAUGAUGUUUUGAAAAUGGUGGUGGAGCCCUUUAUCGAUCACUGUCUAAUAAUGGGUUUUUUCGUGGUGUAUAGUCUUAUCAACUGGAAAAUGUGAGUGUGUAAUAUAAGCAAACAGGAUUCUCAUAUACAUACACCACAAAUAAGAAGACUACUCUUGAGGAUUUUGCAAAGCCCAGUUCAAUUUUGGUGUCUACAAAAUGAACUGUAUAUAACUGGGAAACAAUUGAGUGAUUUUCUGUAUGUAAGAGACACCGCCGGCACUGAGUUGAGCUUUUUAUUGUGUUAAGAGAGAUUUGGUAUUUUAUUACAAAGUCCUGUAAAUAACACUUCGAAGACCAAGAGUGAAGAGUCAAAGACUUUUUUAAGGUUAACGAUCGGUGGUUUUCUUGAAAGAUUCUGAAAGUGUGAAGGGGACUGAAAAUGAGUUUAUGUUAUUUUCGAAAUUUGUUUGGAUUGCUUACGUUUGGUAUAUUAAGUUGGUUGGAGAUAAGUGCUUGGCAUUAUUCUAAUUCUGGAAUACAAAAUGUACCGUACAACAUAGAAGAAGUUUAAGAAGAAGAAGAGAAUAUUUAGCAGAGAGGAUCAUGUUAAAAAUUGUUUAGAGACCAAGAAUUUUAUUUUGCAAGUUUUCAGCUAGCUCUUUGGUUGCCAUUUACACCCGUUGUAAUUAUCUGUAAUUUUCUACUUAAAUGAUUGGUUAUGGUUUUUGCGUUUUGAGUGAUUUUCUUCAAUAGAUUGUGUUUCUUUUUUUUUA